AUGGGGCGGUACUCGGGCAAGACGUGCCGCCUCAUCUUCAUGCUGGUGCUCACCGCCGGCUUCUUCGUGGCCGAGCUGGUGUCGGGCUACCUGGGCAACUCCAUCGCGCUGGUGUCCGACUCCUUCAACAUGCUGUCCGACCUCAUCUCGCUCUGCGUCGGGCUCUCCACCGGCCGCAUCGCCCGCCGCAGCCGCCGCGGGCCCCGCGCCACCUACGGCUACAGCCGCGCCGAGGCGGUGGGCGCCCUCAGCAACGCCGUCUUCCUCACCGCCCUCUGCUUCACCAUCUGCGUGGAGGCCCUGCUGCGCCUGGCCCGGCCCGAGCGCAUCGACGACGCCGAGCUGGUGCUCAUCGUCGGCGCCCUGGGCCUGGCCGUCAACCUGGUGGGGCUGCUGGUCUUCCAGGACUGGGCCGCCUGCUGCCGCCGCCGCCGCACCCCGGCCCCGCCGCCCGCUGCCGCCGCCGCCCCGACGGGGGGGGCGCCCGAGCCGCGGGACGCCGCCGACCGAGCAGGUGAAUCCCCAAACGACCAAAAAAGCCCUGAAGAGGGGUCUGAGAGGAAAGUAGAGAAAAAGUCCGAAGCCUUGAACAUCAGAGGUGUUCUGUUGCACGUUAUGGGAGAUGCACUUGGGUCUGUGGUUGUGGUAGUUGCUGCUACAAUCUUCCAUUUACUUCCUCUGGGGCCUAAUGCUCCUUGUAACUGGCAGUGCUACAUCGAUCCGAGCCUGACAAUAAUUAUGGUGGUCAUCAUCUUGUCUUCUGCAUUCCCACUCAUCAAAGAGACCUCAAUUAUUUUGUUGCAGAUGGUUCCCAAAGGUGUUAAUAUGCAACUACUGACUGACAGACUAGCUCGUGUACCAGGGGUUAGCAGCCUUCAUGAGGUGCAUGUAUGGGAGCUUGCAGGUGGCAAGAAUAUUGCUACUCUUCAUAUCAAGUGCCAAACCCCUACUGAUUACCAAGAUGCUGCUUAUAAAAUAAGAAAGGUUUUCCAUGAAGCAGGGAUCCAUUCUGUGACCAUCCAACCUGAGUACAUUGACCACAAGACCUCCCACCUCCUGUGCAGCUCGCCCUGCAUCUCAAAAGCUUGUGACUCUCAGCUCUGCUGCAGUCAGCAGGAGGCACCACUGGCUAAAAGUAAUGGCUAUACCGAGAAAAACGAUAGCUGCCUUUCUGCACUGCAUAAAGACAAUGGUUCAAGUAAAAGUGAUAUUGAAAUCCCUAUUGAGUGUGCACUGACAGAGAAUAGUGUUAAAGACGAGAAAAAUUGUGAAGUGUCUGACAAGUCGCAGUUGAGCAGUACGCGAUUUUAAACAAUUUGGUCUACUCUGUAAAAUUUUUUCAUAGAACAAAGGUGUCCAGGCAGGAAGGCGGGUCAUCAGUGGUUGUAGCUGAAGUUAAAGUGGCAAAAAGAUUUCUGUGCUUUAGCUGUAAACCAAAAUACACCUAAAAAAGCUUGUAUCUGAAAUAAGGGUUAAUAUUUCCAUGAAAAGUGUGCAUUCAUCUAAGAGUUUUCCGAUACAGCCUAACACAGUUCCUUACCAAACCAUGUGUGAAUUCCUGUUGUUAGAGUGGAUGAGGUGUAUUGCUGUCCACCCUGAUGCUUGCAGUGUAUGACCAGUGCCACUGGGAAUGAAACUCUUGCCUUUCUGUCAAAGUGAGCUGUUUCCUGAGAGCCCUGUAGCAAGUUAAUGAUUGUACUGGGCUGAAGUACUGUAUAUUUAUAAAGGACUUAAGUAGAGAUGUUUUACUGAUCCUCAAAACCCACUUUGCAUAGACAGUUCAUUUUUAGCAGUAACUGUUGUGCUUCAGAAGUUCGUGAAUGAAAAUAAUGGUGUCUGAUUGGAGGGGAAGCACUUGGAAAGGGUUGGCUUGCAUUGUUUUUGUGACCCCUGUAUUUGGGGACAGAGCAGAAUCUGGUCUUGCUUCUCUGCUAGAACUGCUGGAGCCAGCCUAAUCACAGAUGAAGGAUGCUAAAGAAUAUGCUCUGUGUCAUGAAACUAAGGAAUUACUAGCAUUGUCUCUACUGAUUUUGGCAAGCAAAAAUGCAAGUAGUCA